UUUUUUUUUUUUUUUUUUUUUUUUUCCCUAACCCACUCCAUGCUUUCCUAUUUACUUUUCCCCUCUUGAACCCUUACUCUUCUUUCUGCUUCGAAUUUAGUUGAAUGACUUACUCAGUUUGGGUCAGCAUCGUAUUUGGAAACGAAUGGCCGUCUCGUGGAGCGGUGCAAAGGCAGGAGACUGCGUGUUGGAUAUAUGCUGUGGAAGCGGAGAUUUGGCGUUCCUCUUAUCUGAGAGAGUUGGAUACGAUGGCAAGGUGACGGGUCUUGAUUUCUCACAAGAGCAGCUAAGUAUUGCUUCUUCCCGUCAAAAUUCGCUCUCCAGACCCUGCUAUAACAACAUCGAGUGGGUGGAAGGUGAUGCACUUAAUUUGCCAUUUUCUGACGGCACUUUCGAUGCCAUUACAAUGGGCUAUGGUCUGCGGAAUGUGGUGGAUAAACGGAAAGCUUUGGAGGAGAUGCUUAGAGUACUGAAACAAGGUAGUAAGGUAUCAAUUCUCGACUUUAACAAGACUACACAACCGAUUACUGCUGCCAUUAAGGAAUGGAUGAUCAACAACAUUGUAGUCCCAGUGGCAUCUGGUUACGGCCUUGCUGAGGACUAUAAAUAUCUGUCUAAAUCCAUCAAUGAAUUUUCAACAGGAAAGGAAUUGGAAGAACUUGCUUUAGAAGUAGGGUUUUCUACCUCUAGACAUUAUGAAAUUAGUGGAGGUCUCAUGGGAAAUUUAGUGGCAUCUCGUUGAUUGAUAUUCAUGUUUUGUCUUAGUUCAUUUUUCUUGAUCUUAGUUCAGAUUUCUUGAACUGAGCUCUUUGUGACUUGUGAGAAUAUGGUGUGUGGCUUCACGUCUUUUUAUGCAUCAAGUUCUGUGACAUUUUCAUUGGAGCUCUGUUUCAUGCAAGUUUAAGCAACAAAAAGUAUAUAAUUGCAAUAGAUGCCCCAUAUUUGGUUUCUAAUCAA